AUGGAUCGAUUGAUAGAGCUGCGCGCCAAAAGCAACGCCAUUCAAUCGAUACCCGACUCCAUUGGUAAAUUGACACGUCUUCAGAUUCUAGAGUUGCAAGAGAAUCAGAUUUCAAGCGUGCCACUCUCCAUUGGCUAUUGUCGUGCACUCCAACAGCUGCGAUUGGAUAGCAACCCUAUUGAAGACUACACAUUGUUGGGUGCCAUCACAAUUGGAUCACAUGAGAAAUUGAUUGCAUAUCUUGAGAAAAGAAUGAUUGAAAGAUGUAAUGAAGUAGCCAAUUCAUUGACGAUCGAUAAUAAUAAUAAUAACAAUAGUAGUAAUAGCAAUGGUAUCAGUGGUAGCAAUAGCAUAUCACCAUUUAUAGAUGAUAUAAAUAUGAAAGAGAAACAAACAUCGAACAUUGCACCAAUUACCUUAACUAUUUCAACAACAGCAACAACAACUACGACUACUAAUACAUCUUCAUCCUCUACAACACCAUCACCACUUAUAACAUCUGCAACUACAACACCACAACCUAUAUCACCAAGAAAUGUAAAUAUCAACAACAAUAAUGUAACAACACCAAAUCUUUCACCAAGACCAACAGUACCUACAGCUAAUCCAGUAACACCAACACAAUCAGUACCAAGAAACAUCAUUCAAGUUUCAGCAUCACCCAGACAUCCAAAUACAUGUAACGUCGUUAUAAAUAAUCAUAAUGAUGUUUCAUUGUCAACAUCACCAACAAAGGCAAUGAAGAACAACAACAGCAAUAACAACAACAACAACAACAAUGGAGAUGGAUUACCACAGCAAAUUAAAUAUAUUAAUAUCAAUGAUAGUAUUCCACAGAGAAUGGAACUAAGUAACUCUCCACCAAUGCAUAUGCAACAACAAUUAAGACAUCCUUCGAUUCUGACGAGUGAGUUACCUCCUCAGCCGCUAUCACUGUCAUCGCCAGUCACAAAGAUAUCACCUCUGUCAGAGUUGGACACUCAUCGUGACAAAGUAUACACGCUCAUUCGAUACGAUAUGAAAUAUAACAUCGCUGCAAUCUAUGAUCGUGUUGUGAAAUCACCCAAUAUAGAUACACUCGUUGUCUAUGCAAAGAUCAUUAGAUCAUCUCAAGAAAUAAUACAACAACAACAACAACAACAACAACAACAACAACAACAACAACAACAACAUAAUCAAACAAAACUGAAAUUUCAAUUCACAUUGAAUUCCACAAGUAAAGCACUCUAUACAUCAUCGCCUCAGACCGCCGACGAUAAAUUCAAAUAUCUCAAGAAACUUGUGAAAUCAAAGAUUGAAGAGGUCUUGGUAUACUCGAGAUCGAUAGUCGAUCAUCUCGAACAAUGUAAUCUCAACGAUGUAAUGAACAUACUCAAAACUAUGGAAUCAUUAAACAAGAAAUUAUAUGUUAAUUAA